AUGUUUCUUCAUUCAGUCAAUCUCUGGAACCUGGCGUUUUAUGCCCUUAUGGUCUUCAUGGCGACCCUGGGGCUGUGGGACGUCUUCUUCGGCUUCGAGGAGAACAAGUGCAGUAUGAGCUAUAUGUUUGAGUACCCGGAGUAUCAGAAAAUAGAACUUCCAAAGAAACUGGCAAAACGCUAUCCUGCAUAUGAAUUAUAUCUUUAUGGAGAAGGAUCCUAUGCUGAAGAGCACAAAAUUCUCCCUUUGACGGGUAUUCCAGUUCUCUUUCUUCCUGGUAAUGCUGGAAGUUAUAAGCAAGUCCGUUCUGUUGGCUCUAUUGCACUUAGAAAAGCAGAAGACAUUGACUUCAAAUACCACUUUGACUUCUUUAGUGUGAAUUUCAAUGAAGAACUGGUGGCACUGUAUGGUGGAAGUCUUCAGAAACAGACCAAGUUUGUACAUGAAUGCAUUAAAACAAUUCUCAAACUCUAUAAGGGUCAAGAAUUUGCUCCAAAAAGUGUGGCAAUAAUUGGCCACUCUAUGGGUGGCCUUGUUGCAAGAGCAUUGCUUACAUUGAAAAAUUUUAAACAAGAUCUGAUAAAUCUUCUUAUUACACAAGCUACACCUCAUGUUGCUCCUGUGUUGCCAUUGGAUCGUUUCAUAACAGAUUUUUAUAUGACUGUAAACAACUAUUGGAUUCUAAAUGCUAGACACAUAAAUUUAACCACACUUUCUGUAGCUGGAGGAUUCCGGGAUUACCAAGUUCGUUCAGGACUGACUUUUCUUCCAAAAUUAAGCCAUCAUACCAGUGCCUUAUCUGUUGUGAGUUCAGCAGUGCCUAAGACCUGGGUCUCAACAGACCACCUCUCCAUUGUGUGGUGUAAGCAAUUGCAAUUGACUACAAUUCGAGCAUUCUUUGAUCUUAUUGAUGCUGAUACUAAACAAAUAACUCAAAAUCCCAAGAAGAAAUUGUCAGUUUUGAAUCACCACUUUAUAAGACAUCCAGCAAAACACUUUGAGGAAAAUCCAGCAAUAAUUUCUGACUUAACAGGGACAUCUAUGUGGGUUCCAGUAAAAGUGUCCAAAUGGACCUAUGUGGCCUAUAAUGAAUCUGAUAAGAUAUAUUUUACGUUUCCUCUUGCAAAUCAUAGAAAAAUCUACACUCAUGUAUAUUGUCAGAGCACCAUGCUGGAUACAAAUAGUUGGAUAUUUGGCUGCAUAAAUAGCACUUCUAUGUGCCGACAAGGGAUUGAUUUAUCAUGGAAAGCUGAACUGCUGCCAACAAUUAAGUCUCUGACAUUAAGACUUCAAGACUAUCCUUCUUUGUCUCAUCUUGUGGUUUAUGUACCAUCUAUUCAUGGAAGUAAGUUUGUUGUGGAUUGUGAAUUCUUUAAAAAAGAGACGAGAACCAUUCAGCUUCCUGUAACUCAUCUUUUUUCCUUUGGACUCUCUUCAAGGAAAGUGUUAUUAAAUACAAGUGGCCUGUUUUAUAAUAUAGAACUUCUAAACUUUGGACAGAUAUACCAAGCUUUUAAAAUCGACGUAGUGAGCAAGUGCUCAGGAGUAAAAGAAGAAAUAACUAGUAUCUAUAAACUUCAUAUUCCUUGGUCUUAUGAGGAUUCACUAACUAUUGCACAGGUACCAUCUUCCACAGAAAUUUCUCUGAAACUCCAUAUUGCUCAACCAGAAAACGAGAGCCAGGUAGCAUUAUUAAAAAUGUACACAUCUUCAGACUGUCAGUAUGAAGUGACAGUUAAGACUUCCUUUUCACAAAUUCUUGGACAGGUAGUUAGAUUUCAUGGUGGAGCUCUUCCUGCUUAUGUUACAUCUAGUAUCCUUCUUGCUUAUGGAGGACAGUUGUACUCUCUUUUCUCAACAGGUCAUUGCUUAGAAUAUGCUACUAUGUUGGAUAAACAAGCCAAGCCAUAUAAAGUUGAUCCUUUUGUACUUAUGAUUAAGUUUCUGUUGGGAUAUAAAUGGUUUAAGGAAUUAUGGGAUGUGUUAUUGUUGCCAGAAUUAGAUGCCAUCGUUUUAACUAGUCAGAGUAUGUGUUUCCCCCUUGUAUCCUUGAUUCUCUUUCUGUUUGGAACAUGUACUGCCUACUGGGGUGGUCUACUUUCUUCUACAUCUGUGAGACUCCUUUCUUCAUUGUGGCUAGCUUUGAAAAGGCCCCCUGAACUUCCUAAAGAUAUCAAGAUGAUAUCACUAGACUUGCCCUUUUUGACCAUUGUUUUGAUCAUAGUUAGUUGGACAACUUGUGGAGCAUUUGCCAUACUUCUUACUUAUCUUUAUUAUGUGUUUAAGAUUGUUCAUCUGCAAGCCAGCCUAGCAACUUUUAAAAAUAGCCAGACUGUGAAUCUCAAACACUCUAGAAGAAAUGAAAAAAAAUCAAAUCACCAUAAAGGCUCUACAGUACACUAUCUUCAUUUAUCUGCCAAUGAUGCUGAAGAUAGUCUUCGUAUGCACAAUACUGUGAUUAACUUAUUAACAUGGAUUGUAUUACUCAGCAUGCCAUCUUUAAUUUACUGGUUAAAGAAUCUCAGGUAUUACUUUAAACUUAGUCCUGAUCCGUGUAAACCUUUGGCAUUUAUCCUUAUUCCAACUAUGGCAAUUCUUGGAAAUACUCACACCGUUUCAAUAAAAUCCAGUAAAUUGUUGAAGACUACUUCACAAUUUCCACUUCCUCUGGCUGUUGGUGUAAUUGCUUUUGGGUCAGCACACUUAUACAGGGUUCCAUGCUUUGUUUUCAUUCCUCUUUUACUCCAUGCAUUAUGUAACUUUAUGUAAGACUGGAUUUAAGGAAUGAUAAAAAUAAUUUAUAUCAUUAGAGUCAGUGUUAAGAGGGAAUGCACACAUCCAUGAAUGUGGAUGACAAGAUCCUUUGGAGAAGACAGGUCUAUUUUUACAAUAUUGAAAAUAGGAAAUUAGUUUUAUAAUGCUUGAGGAAAAUAGUUGAAGCAUGGUUUAGUUUUGUGGUAUGGCAUCUAAGUACUAGUCAUUUUUGAAAAAUUAGUAAAAGGAUAUGGUGGCCACUGUUUUUGAGGACUUCUCUGCAUAACAGCUAUUCUGCUUGAUUGGCCAUACUGGGGAUCUUCUAAACACUGAGUAAAUGUAGCAUUGCUUGUAAUCUCAACUCAAGCAUUCUGCUCAUUUCAUCAAACUUUCUUCUGAAAAGUAGAUUGCUUUGUAUUUGCUACAGUAUGCAUAUUGAGAAAUCAGUCUUAAAAGAUUGAUGAAAUUCACAACUGUUUGGUUUCCCAAAAAUGAAAUAACCACAAAAAGUCUUUGGUCAGUUUUUGGCAGCCACAGUGAUCAAGGCAUAUCUUUUGUUUUCUUACAUCUAUGAAAAUACAACUUUUAAUUUUAAGGAGACAUGUUUUCUUGGUAACCAAUGCAAGAUUAAUUAACAUAAUUUAAACUCAAAAUUCAAUGAAAUUUUCUUGCUGCUUUUCAAAUGCAGAUCUUAUUUUGUACUCUUGGUAAACAUCAGGAGACUAUUAAAGAAAUCUGUUGUUAAAUUUAAAGAGAAUUCUCCCAAAUAUUUACUUACUAGCAUUGGAGCAGUACAGUUGUCCAGCAUAUGCCAUUUUAUUUAAUUCAUUGACCCCAUGGUUGCCAAAAGUGCCUCAGAUCAUGGUGGAUUGUUAACAUAACUAAAUUCCAGUGGUCAGAAAAAACUCCAGGUUUGCACAAGUUUUGUCUACUGUAGAGAAAAAGCACGAUUAAGUGCUGUACCACAUUUGAUAAAUAAAAUUAUACUAUUAACGGAAUAACCACUACUCCAUUAAUAGCGUAAUGUAUAAACAAUAUACUUAAAUAGAUUGGAGAUUUUAGCCACUAGUUUUAACAAUGGAAUCUUAAUUUGCCAAGAUGAUUACUGUUUCACAGAAAAGAAAGUAAUAUUUCUUUCAUUUCAGACUUCAGCUCACUUUUAACUACAAAAGAGUAGGUAAUAGAGCUAAGUAUUUUGCCUUAAGAUAGAAUAAACUCAGGCUGAGGUGUACUUGGCUCAUGGAGCCUUUCCUUUAGAUGUAUAUGCUCUACAUACCCAAAACCUUUUUAAGUAAAGCCCUUAACUCCCAGUAGUACCUGCGAACUUGUGUCUUUGUUAGUACCCAGGAAUGUCCUUGAGUACCAGAUUCUUUUUAUCGGCUGUUGCAUCUGGAUUCCAUUACAGUCUCUCAGCUGUUACUGCCUGUGGAGGGUUACCUCACUUCUCUUCUCAGUUAUUCCUCAGGUCCUUGCUGUUUUGGCAUCAUUUGAGGGUUUCAGUGUCAUCUGUGAGGGUUUGUAAAUUUGUUUGAUUCCGUUGUUUCUCCCAGCCUCAUGCCUGUUGUUUAGUAUUUAUAUUUUCACUUACGAAGAUCAUUAAAGGGAAGUGAUAAUCUCAUAGUAAGACAUGGCAAAUAUUUCAGGUUCUUGAUUUGAGAGAGGUAGCAAAGGGAUAAAAUGCAGAAUGCUUGUUUGUUCAGUACCUGAAAGGAAAGAUGUCCCAUGGCAUACCACAUGUAUAUUUAAAUAAGGACACAUGUGCCUAUGUUUAUCUAUUCAUAUACCCAUAAGUUUAUGUACAUUGUAUCUUUGUUUUUUUCACUGAUGUAUGUCAAGUUAUAGGUUAAUUGUGUCAUUUAACUAUUUCUGAAUUUAAACAUAUUUAUAUACAGAAAGAACUUUAGAAAAUUCAUUAAUUUGGAUCUUCUAUUGACAGCCAUAAUCAUGGUGUUUAUAUGAUAUAAAGUCUUCUUGUUCAGUCAGGACCGUUCAUGACUAAAAUAUAACAAGCUUAAAUUUCUCAUUUGUGAGUAGGAGAUUAGCUUUUUAAAGCAGCAGACUAGGCAUAUUAUAUCUCACUAGACAAUUUCCAUGUAAGUGUAGUUAUCAAGUCCUAAAGUCUUAUUUAUUCUAACAGAAUAUUUCAUUUUAGGGCUAUAAAAAGGAUUCUAAUUAAACAUUUUAUAAACAACAGGUUGGGUCUUUAGCCAUUAUGGGUACAUAUAUAUACAGAUACAUACACGCAUGCGCGCACACACACACGCGCACACACACGCACACAUUUUGACAGAGUCUUUAUCAAAUCCUGAUGCACUUUAAACCCAAAUAACUACCAGAGAUGAGAAGGUAGGCUCUGUCUGAAGAUUAGGGAAAUUGAUGUUUCUGUCACUUGAGAAAAUGAAGGUCCUUUUGCCUCUCGAUUAUACAUUGCUCCUAUCAUGCUUGCAGCUUAUUUUAUUAGCUAGUAAAACAGCACAGCUUUAUUAGCACUGUUACUAAAAAUGAAGUUGUUUAUUGGCAGUUACAGUGUGUCCAGUUCGGCAAACUUCUGAGCUCUAGUACUAUAACAUUUUUAUUUAGAAUUUGAGUUUUGAGUAAGUUUUGUGCUUAUAAAAAUUACUCUUGGACCCUAUCAUUGAUAACUGCAUCAAACAUAUAGACCAAAUGGUAAAAGUACUGAGUAAUUUCAGUGUUUCUAAAGCCUCAGUUGGAGUUACUAUUAUAACUUGGAACUGAUAAUACAAUAGAAAACUUUAACCUCUUUUUUCUGGAUCUUUUGCCAGAAAUUAAACAGGUUCUGCUAACUCUUCUUGGUUGUCACCAGAAUGAAAAUAUUUAGAACAGUGGUCCUAAAAAACCAUGUGUGCCUCGUUCACAUUGAUUUUGAGUCUCUUCAGUAUAUAUAGAUCAUGUAUUGAUUAGUUGUUAAUUUUUUUUUCAUAUUUCAGUCAGAUAAAUUCACAUGUAUAUAAUGGAAUACCUUUUCUUGAUUGAACUACACUACAAUCUACAUGAUUAUACAGUAAAGAAAAAUAAAGAGCUAUAUACUAGGCCUAGUAAAUUUGUUUGUUGUUGAUUUUCCUAUCACUUGUACAGAUGGUACACAUUUCCACCACACACACACACACACACAUACUUAAUAAAGGCAGAUUAUCUAAUUUGUUCAUUCUCUAGUUUUACACUUUUCUUAAUGCUUCAGACUUGUCAUUCAUAACACAGUAUAUUUAUAUCACCUCACUGCUCAUUAGCACCUCUUACACUAGUGGCCAGAAGGGAAAUAAAAGGAGAUAAAACUGAUUUUCAGUUUAGUUCUAGAAAGCUGUAGGGAAAAUGGGAGGAAUUGAUUCCUGAAUCCCAGGAUAAUUAAUCUGACCUGUAUUUUCAUCUUGGGCAUUAGGUCUGAGUGUAACAGCUUGCUUAUUAGGAGGUUUAGUGCAAAACUUUACAUUGCUGCAUUUGCAAUUUUAGUAACCUAUUAUUAAAAUCAGUUGGGAAAAAAAUUUUUAGUGUGUUGCAACUUUUUGUGAUGAGGCAUCUGUUGAUUAUUUUUCAUCAUUUUUUUUUCAGUGUUACUAUCAUAGGAAACUAGAUACCUUGUGCAGUUUUUUCAGGGGGAAGUCAAUUCGGAGAGCAUGACACACUUCCAGGAAGUAAUAAAAGUAUCUUUGUGUUAUGCAGGGCGCCUCGCGGUCUCAGAUAGUGGAGCGUGCAACUCUUGAUCUCAGGGUUGUGAGUUUGAGCCAGUUCUCAACCUGGCACCAAACUUUCUUCUUUGAAGUUGGUUAAGUAAAAUUGUUAAAGUUGACUAGCAUUUCCUGUUUUGCUCUAGAAACCUUUAAUUUCCAGAGUUCUCAUUUUGAAUUAAAAUUGACUUACAUUUCAUAGGUGUAGCAAGUAAGUUUGGCUAAGUUUGGUGUGGAGAUUACUUAAAAAUAAAAUCUUUAAAAAAAAAAAAAAGGAUAUCUUUAUAUUACUAAAUUAGACCCUGACAGAAAGCUUCCUUGCCUCCCAAUGUAAAUGUAGAAGGUACUUUUAUAAAACAGAUGAUUUGGAGCUGAAAUUUCAUCUCACUCUUGUUGAACAGAGGGGACAACAUUACCAAGUCUUUAAUGGACUUCUUUUUUUGCAUAUUACUCAUGCAUUUUUUCACAGUAAGUUUCAACAGCCUGAAGAAAUAGGAAGUCUGGGAGGCUAUUUGUGUCCUUUACGUUUAAUAAUGAUGAUAGGAAAGAAAAGUCAGGCCAGUAAUCCAAAUCUGAAUAUGUGUACUGUAAAUGCUCAAGAAUUCACAAUUUUGUGAUAAGUUAUAUUAUGAAUAUAGAAGACUGGAUUUUGUAUAUUAAUAACAGUUUUAGAACAGAAUGAAGUUUGGAAAUAGUGAGAAUAGACUAACUUGUUAUAUUAAUAGUAUAAACGUAACAGUACACCUGAAUCAAUAAUGUCUUUCAAAAGUUAGAUGAUAUUCUAAUGUACAUCUUGAUUACAUUGUCUGUAGUUGAGGAUUCUGAGUCAAGUACAGGACUUUCUAAAAGUGCUUGUUUUAGCAUGUUAUGCUGUCAAAAAUGACUAUGGUUUGAAAUGCCAAGUAACCAAUUUCUGACGAUUUUGUAUAGAACUUGAUAUGUAUGAGUCAGAAUUAUUCUGUAAUGAUUCUGUACCUUGUAACUUUGAACACUCGUAAAAAACAGUUAGUGUAAAUUUGUUUGCAUAUUUGAAUUUAAUCUUAAUUUAGGAAGUCUAAAAAUUAGCCGUUUUUGUAAAGUCCGUGUGCUAUUUUUUAAUGUUAUUUUUGCUUUUAGUAUUUGUAUAGUGGUAAUAUUACUAGCACCAGUAAAAGAUUUAUAGACAAAGCAUAGAACUAUUAACUAUUCAGAAGCCUAGAUUAUAGGCAUAUUUUGUAUUUCAUGUUGUACUUGUUUCAUAUUGGACUUUUUGCAUCCCUUUUACAGGAAAAAAACACAUUUGAAUUUUUUUGAGCGUAAAACACUACAUUGAAAAAUAUAACUAUAUUCGUAUGGUUAGCAAAACAUGCUUUGCCACCAAAGGCUAAAUGAAACUGUAAAAUACCUCCAGAUAUUUGUGCCAAUGAAUUUUUCUUAACAUAUUGGGAUUAAAGCAGAAAUAUUAUUUUCAGUAUUUUACAUCUAGGACUUAUAUUAAAUAUGUAAAUCUUCAAAACUUAUAUUCCAUACUCUAAUGUUUCUUUGAAAACAUGUAAUGUACCAUAGUAUAUUCUAUUUUGUCUGAUUUCUGGGAUAAUGUUCUCUGGUUUUAGUGGGUUUAAAAGUUAGUUUACCCAAUAAUGAUCUUUUAUUAAUUAAUUGAAGUAAGCAUUUGAAGUAAUCUUGCUUUAUUUAUCACAGAUUCAUUCUGUGUUGUAAAACUUCAAGUUUUGUUGUACAGAUCAUUUUUUGGUACAGGUGUCUCUUAUUUAUGUAACAGUGCUUACUGUGAAAUUUGUUUUGUCUUCUGUGUAUUUCCAUUACCUUUUUAAAUCACAUGUUUCAAAGGGGAAAAUUAUCUACUAGAUCUUAACUUAGUCCAAUGAGAUAAACAUUUCAAAACACAUAUUUUAACAGAAAAUAUAAACAAUCAAUGGUGUUAAUGCUGAAGUGUUAACAUUGAUGGGUGUUAUAUUCACGAGAGAAAAGUAGAAAAAUGAUAGACUCAACAUUUUUAUCUGAUUCGAAUUCUUUAAUUUCUUCCCUCUGGAAAUUCUCAAAAGGAAUUUCAUUCCUUCAUAUUAUAGUUUUUCCCAUUGAAUCAUGUAAUUGAUUUAAUCAUUUAUUGUUUCUCUGCCCAGUAAUGCUGAUGCAGUUUGCAAAAAUAGCCUUAGAUGUAAAGAGGCAAGAAAAAACCAAAUAUUAAAAUGUUUGACUGUGGUGACGGUUUAUCCAAUUAUCUGGUAGUAACUGGAUAUUAGUAAAAAGAUGAUGUACAAGACCUAAAAUUUCAGUUAACAUUGUUUUUUGGAAUGAAUUUUUCCUCUGUGUUAAAUAAUUUUAUCCUAAGUAGGAAAUACCUGUAUUUUAAUAUAACUAUGCUGUCUACAGAAUUAAAUAUGUGUUUGUUGGAAUAUUGGUAGAAAUAAACUCUUCCUCCACUACAGAGGGGGAAACAAAACUUUCAAUUUUUAGUGUAUAUAAUUUGUGAAAUUGUAUUGUGUAUUUAUAUUUUUAAAAAUAUAUAAAUGACUUUAAAUGUAUUAUUUUGAAGUAGUUGUAUUACAGUUUCUUAAACUUACGUGACUAACUUGCUUACAUAAAUGCUUACAUAAAUGUAGCAACGUACCCACGAGAAAAUAGACCAAAACUGAAUGCGUAUUAUCACUGUGACCUUGAACUUUUAGUUGUUUGGGAUAAAACAGACUGUGCCUUAAAAUGAUGAAAGAAUGCCCUGCAGUUUUAUAACUAUAUUUUAUUAUGGGUCAUCUUCUCAACCUGGCACCAAACUUUUUUCUUUGAAGUUGGUUAAGUAAAAUUGUUAAAGUUGACUAGCAUUUCCUGUUUUGCUCUAGAAACCUUUAAUUUCCAGAGUUCUCAUUUUGAGUUAAAAUUGACUUACAUUUCAUAGGUGUAGCAAGUAAGUUUGGCUAAAGUUUCUGAAAAUAAAUUUAUUUUAGGAAAAUGUGGUGGCACUUCUGUUUUGUAUUUAUUUACACAUGGAAAAUUAAUAUUCAAGUAUAUUUCUUUGUCUUUUUAAUGAAUAAUCUAUCAAAGACAUGAAGUAAGACCUGUACUUAUUUUUCCUCAGAUUAUUGAGGCUCAUACUUGAAUAUUAGAGUUAGUUUACCCAAUAACAAUUUUUUAGUACUUAAACUCAGAUUCAUGCAGUAUAUUUUUAAAUAUUAUUUUCCCCCUUUUCUCUUUUUCUUUUUCCUUCCUAAUACUUAUUUUUAAGAUCUCAAGAAAGAACUGGCUCUAGUUGUUUUUGUUUUUAUUUUUUAAUGUAAAAACUUGGAUUUUUACUGUGCUUAUUUAAAAUAAUUUCUAUUAAGACAAAUUAUUCCAUUCAGAGGAUAUCAUGGUCUCUGCUAAAAGAUACCCCCAUCUCUGUGUACUCAGAAUUUGUUGUGUAUUUUUCAGUUUCAAUUUUGAAUGUAAACUCAACACAUUUCUUCUUCCCAUUUCGCCUUCACUACCUGCACCCAGAGACAAAAAUCUAGGAUUCUCUAAAAAUAGGUAGAAAGAAAACAUGUCUUUCCUUAGAACAUGGUAAAAUUGAGGUGAAAGUAGUUUGCCAAGGAAAUGUAAUAAAAUACAUGGCUGCCAACCUGCAUCUGUGUUUAUAGUAUAGUUAAAAAUUUAUAAAGGACAAACUAUAUACUGAGAUAGACUCAGUAAUAUUUUAUUUGCAAAUUGAUACUUUUGUCCAGAAAAUGCAGUGUAUAGUAACAAUAGUUAGUGCAAAGGAAUUUGUCCUAUGGCAUAUACUGGAAAAUGAUUGUCACCUUGCAGAUUUUUCCUUUUAAGCAUGCCUGAUCUUCUCCAGUGCUUUGUAUAAUAUAUGGUGUAUGAAAUGCACAAAUGUGAUUUUGUGUGUAUUUUUUAAAUGGUAUAAGUAACAUUAUUACAUUUAACUGGUUGUAAUUCACAAAAAGUGCUAUUUAUUAUACUCUGUGGAGUGUUGUGUAUGUUUUCAUGUGUGUUUCGACAUUAUGGUGUGGAGUUUAAUGAAUAUUUGCCUUCAGUCUUUCCUCAGGUAUUAAUGUGUAGCAAUUUUUGGUGCUUUCUUUUUAAAUCUGUCAUAAUCUGGUGUUCUGAAUGUUCAACAAUAAAUUUGGUGAACAAGG